GAAUAUGUGCAUUAUUUAAAUCGCACAAUGCCUGAGUUGACCCAAGUUGAACAGUUCGCGUUAGGUUAUCAUGAUUUUCUGCAAUCUCCUUUACAGCCAUUGAUGGAUAAUUUAGAGUCAUCUACCUAUGAAGUUUUCGAAAAAGACUCCACAAAAUAUGCAUUAUACGAGAAGGCAAUACAUCAUGCCCUUCUGGAUCAUACUAUCGGAUCGGAAGAAAUGAUCUUAGAAGCGGCUGAGAAAGCACAAAAACGAGUUAAGGUAUAUGCUAUUGAAAAGAAUCCUAGUGCUUUUGUCAUUUUACAGAAUAAAAAAGCAGAAAUAUGGGGUGAUAAAGUGACAAUCGUGUUUUCUGAUAUGAGAUUCUGGAAAGCUCCAGAAAAAGCUGAUAUUUUAGUCAGCGAGCUUUUAGGUUCGUUUGGUGAUAAUGAGUUAUCACCAGAAUGUUUGGAUGGCGCACAAAAGUUUUUGAAAUCUGGUGGUAUAUCAAUACCUGCUUCUUACACGGCUUUUAUUUCACCAAUUUCAUCAUCAAAACUUUAUAAUGAGGUUGCGGCGUACAAAGAUCUGGCUCACUUUGAGACUCCAUAUGUUGUUAUGUUUCAAUCUGCUUCUGAGUUAGCCAAACCAUGUCAGGUUUGGCGUUUUGAUCAUCCAAAUGGGAACAUUUCGGUUGACGAAAAUGGAAAUCCCAUUAAUAAUUAUCAUAACACACGAUACUCUAAAGUGACCUUUAACAUAAGAGAAUCUGGAAUACUGCAUGGUAUUGCUGGAUAUUUUGAAUCGAUAUUAUAUAAAGAUAUCAUACUGAGCAUUCAUCCGGAUACACAUUCCGUUGAUAUGUUUAGUUGGUUUCCCAUUUUUUUCCCGUUAAGGAUACCAAUUUAUCUACCUUCUAAUACAAAACUUGAUAUCAAUUUUUGGAGAUUAACAAAUUCUCAGAAAGUAUGGUACGAGUGGUGUGUUGAUCCUUCUAUUCAAUUAGGACCAGAGACGGUUUCGUUUGGUCCGUCUGCAAUACACAAUGUAUUGGGAAGGUCGAGUUGGAUAG